ACUGAACGUAACUGAAAACACAAUGCAACAAAACAUUGAAUUAUGAUAAUGAAGAUUGUGAGGAAAGGGAUAAGUUCGUUAGUACUGAAUUAUAUUUGUAGGGUUCAAAUUGAUAGUAUUGAAUUAUAUUAUAUUAUGGGUUAUAUCAGAUUUAAAUUAAUAGUACUGAAUUAUAUUUUUGGGUCAAAAUAUGACUUUUUUGAAUCCGAUUAUGCAAUUUGCGUUAUGAAUUUGAUUUUAAGUUUUGCAAACACAAUCAUUUGAAUUACUAAAUCAUAAAAGUUCAGAUAACAUUUUUGAUAAUGAUUGCAUGGGAAACAAUUAUACCAAGUAAAUUCUCCUAAAAUGAAAUGAUAUCCAUCACUGUUUGAUAUUAAAACUUGUCAAAAGUCCUUAGCAAUAGCCAAUCCUAUUCAUACGAUCAACAUGUGAAGAUGAUUCUUCAUGUCAAUCCAAGCAAAAUUAAAGGCUUUAUAAUUGUAUCCACAUAAGUUCUGAAAAUCCCUCCCUCCCUCCCAAAACAAAACAAAAAUCAAUUCCGUACAGCUUGGCAAAAAUCAAAGGGUAUCCCAUUGCAAAAGAUAACGUCGAGAUACUUAUAGCCGAGCUCCAUUUAUGGAGAAACUUAACCAAAGUUUGCUUUAGGCCAUUAGCACAUGGGCCUACGCUUGUUAACAUAUUGCAGAUAGAGUGGAAGCCUGGAAGGAAGCCCCUUAACUCAAAACUCUCUCUUCCUUUUAAUUCAUUUCUUUCCUCAGCUAAUUUCAGCCUUUGAUUUCGUAACCAAGUAGUUUCGGCUUGUUUGCUUUAGGGGAAUCUUGGGUUUCCUCAAAGUUGUCUUCAGAGGAAACUUGUACUUGUACUUUGUAUAUUUCCUUUUCUUUUUGUAGUUUUGUGCUUCUUGUUGAGCUUUUUUCUAGCCUCUAGAAAGUGGAGAAGGUUUUCUUGGGGCCAUUUUCUCACUUUCAUUUGUUUUUGUGCAGCAAAUAUUCUGUCUGAAUUUUGAAGAUGGCUAUGGUUACAUUAACAUCAACUUACAGCACAAGCCUCUCACAAACAUUGCCCUUUGAGAAUAACAAUAGCAGCCCUGGUGAUGCUUCUUUCUCUAAUUUCCCGAGCGGUGAUGGGGAAAGCCAUGAGAGAAAAGUUUCAAUGCCAAGCCGAAAAAUCAGCCCCAAGAUCACCAACCAAGAUGAACAUCAUUAUUCAGGAAGGAAGAAAGAAGAAGAUGGAGAAAUUGGAGUAUUUGGAGCUGAAAAAUACUUUAAUGGAGGGACAGAUCAUGUGGAUAGUCCAAGAAUAACCAAAAUGGAUGCAAAGAUGAUCGAAGUUGCGAAACAUGAAGGAGUCAGUCUAGAUCCUAUCAAGCCUGUAAUACAUCAGGGAACUCCAAGUGUUCGUUCUGAAUCAAGCUGGAACAGCCGAAAUGCAUUACUUAAGAGUGUUAUGAGAGUUCCUCGCCCGAAACCUAGUAAGGUGAAUGGAAAGAGUUUUCUUUCUGGUCUUGCUGGCUGCAAAUGCAACUGUUCUGAUAGGAAUUCUGUUGAUAUUGAAGAAGCACAAGUUGGUGAAAUAAGUUUCAAUAGACCUGGUAAUGGUGAGGUAGUUCAAGGCAAGCAAAAUAAAACAGCAGCCAGUAGUAAGGCAGGUCUAAAUGUCUAUAAACCAUCGGCAGAGCCAUGGAUGAAGGAGGACCUCUUUACUUUCCCAACUAUGAAGUCUACCGUGGGAAUUCAGCCUGUUAAAGUGCCAUUGCAAGGAGAGGUAGACGAAAUCGAACGGAAAUCACUAGAGGUUUUCGGUUCCCCUGUCCUUGGAAGGAGCAACAAGUCUUUGAACCUUGAGAGGAGGCUAAAAAUGCCAUGGGAUGCAACCCCAAAAGUAGAAGAAACUGAAUAUUCUAAUAAAGGAAACUACAAUGAUACAGAGAGUGAUGCAAGUUCAGACUUAUUUGAGAUAGAGAGCCUCACAGGCAAAGCCAAUACAUUUCUUGCGAGACAAGCAUCUGAUGCAGCGUCUGGCUGUGUCACCCCAACAACUUGUUAUGCACCAAGCGAGGCCAGUAUAGAGUCGAGUGUGGUCACGGGCAGUGCAGCAGAUUUCUCAGUGAUGUCUGACUAUGAAGAGCUAAGGUCAUCAAUAACAUUACCAAGCCCAAUAAAAACAUCUUCGGCAACCACCAAUGCAAAAACUAAACAUAACAAAGAGUUUCAGAAAGCUGUUAAAGUUGCUGGAGAUGCAUACAAAACAAAUGAGAAGGCAGGUUUUGAUCCAAGAAUGCGUCUUGUGUCCGAUUCCUGCAUGCCUGCCACAAGAUUUCGAACUGAAACUAAACUUGCAGGUUUUGAACCUACACAAACGCCACGGAUUCUUGCCACUCGCUCCCUUCCCCAUUCACAUUAACCACGAUCUUCACAUCUCUUGUAUAUUCAGAAGAUUGGAAUAGCUCGGCUGGAGUUUAUUUUAAUUAUGUUUUCUGUACAAUUUGCGAUGAAAAAUUUUACUAUGUUUCAAGUAUUAUACUAGUAUUGUUGAAUUCCAUAAAAUAAUCCUAAUUAUUUCGAAAGUUAAUCCAAAAAUCACAGGGAGGGUCAUUUAUUUGCCAUAUGAAUAUCGAUAAACUUGAAAUUAAUGCAUGGAUUGUGAAGAGUGAAGAUGAAUAUUAUUGUGUUUGCAUCCAGAUAUCUGGGUCCCUGGAGAUGUCCUCAUUUGCCCUGGCAGUUCCAACUUACAUUUGGCUUGCCUCUUCUUCUAGGAAAAAUUAUAUAAACUUACACAAGAUCAAUGAUCAGGAUUCAGGACCAUUAUCUUUCCAGCUUCAUUACAAAGUGCUAUGACCUGGACUUUCAAUAAUUGAUCUCCUGUGUUUUUGUCAAUAUUUUCUGUGUGGACCACAAGCAGAAGAUAAAUGAGAGCUCUAAGCUUUAAUUCUACUAAUACUAUGAUUUACCACCACAAAAGUGAGAAAACAGGCAAAGAAUUUAACUUUUAUUUGGUUCCAUUCUAUUUAUGUUCAAUACCCUUCACAACCCCUAAAGAAUAGAAAGGUAAAAUGUUACUGACUAUUCCACUUUUGCCAGGGGGAGAAACUCUUACAUAGCUUAGUUGCUGUUGCUUCAUACAUAAAUAGUUUAGUGGAGAAGCUCUUCAGUUCCAGCUAUGAAACAGUGAAUUUUCAGAGCAAGAAUGACACUUCAAAAUUAAAAAUUGUCACACCUAUCUGAGCAGGAGGAAAGCAAUUAAUUGAGCAACCACCUCAUAAAUAAAUUGGUCCAUAAUAUAUUGUCAACAAUUCCAUCAUUUCACAUCC